AUGCUUGACGGGACUUCCGCUUUGAACGCAAAACUGAAUGAGUUUGAAAAGUUGGAAAUCACCGAGCAAGAGAGUAACGAUUGUGCCAAAGCAAACCCUAAAUUUAGGACAGUAUCAAUUGACUCAGUAGGGGAUGAUUAUUCUCGGUCACCAAAGCAAAACAUUAGACCCUUAAAAGACGAGGAUGAGCUUUCAUCGACCUUGAAUAUUGAUCAAAAGAUAUCACCUUUGAUCAUCGCUCUGACACUUCUAGCAUCGAUAUCAGGGUUCAUGUUUGGAUAUGAUACGGGAUACAUAUCUGCAGCUCUUGUGUCUUUCGGUACUGACAUAGGGAAUCAUUAUCUUACGUAUGGUCAAAAGGAAAUCAUAACCGCUGCAACGUCCCUUGGCGCACUGCUAACAGGGUUAUUUGCAGGGAUUUGUGCAGAUAUAGUCGGAAGAAAGCCAAUGAUGAUGUUUUCAAAUUUGAUGUUCAUUAUUGGGGCAAUUCUGCAAGCAACCACUCAUAAAUUUUGGCAAAUGUCGGCUGGCCGUCUAUUGAUGGGAUUUGGAGUAGGCAUUGGGAGUUUGGUAUCGCCUUUGUUCAUAUCAGAAAUUUCACCAUCUAAAUAUCGGGGACGUCUAACCGUUGUUAAUUCCCUAUGUAUAACUGGAGGUCAGCUCAUCGCCUAUGCUAUAGGCGCAGGGACUUCUAAAAUAAAAGGUGGUUGGAGAAUACUCGUAGCACUGUCUAUUGUUCCCAGUACGUGCCAAUUAAUAUUGUUCUUUUUUUUCCAUGAUACACCAAGAUAUUAUAUCAUGAAAAAUCAGAACGAAAAGGCUUGCAAUGUGCUGCGAAGAAUAUAUAAAAAUGCGAGUAGCGAGGAGAUUGCCGAGAGAGUGAGAAAAAUUGAUGUAUUAACAGACUCAACCAAAGAUGUGUCGAUUCUAGUCACCAGUAAAAAAGCAAUCGUAAAACUUAUGACAACACCAGCAACUCUGAGAGCAUUAAUAAUAGCUUGCGGCUUACAAGCAGCUCAGCAAUUUUGUGGGUUUAAUGCUCUCAUGUACUUUAGUUCCACAAUUUUUAAAACGGUUGGAUUUUCAGAUGCGACCGCUGUGUCAAUCGUUGUGGCGGCCACAAACUUUGUGUUUACUGCCGUAGCUUUUAUCGCAGUUGACAAAAUCGGAAGGAGAAAUAUGUUACUGAUUGGAUUACCAAUUAUGACCGGAGCGCUAGUUGCCUGUUCAGUAGCAUUCCAUUUUCUGGGCGUUAAAUUUGAUGGCGAAGAUUCAAUUGUCGAAUCGAAGGGCAGUAAUGCUUGUGGUAUCGUUAUUAUUAUUAGUAUGGUUAUCUAUAUUGCCGCUUACGCACUUGGGCCUGGUGCAGUGGCGUGGCAACAGUCUGAGCUCUUUCCUCAAGAUGUGAGAGGAGUUGGCACCUCAUUAGCAACCGCUACCAACUUCUCUGGGACUCUCGUGAUCUCUGCGACAUUUUUGACCAUGCUGAAGAAUAUUACGCCCACAGGAACGUUUGCACUUUUUGCAGGAAUAACCUUAUGCUCUGUACUAUUUGUUUAUUUCUGCUACCCAGACUUGAGAGGACUAGAGCUUGAAGACGUUCAGCAAGUUCUCUCUGAAGGUUUCAAAAUUAAGCGGGCGAGUAAUUUGGGACACAACAGAAGUGGUGACCUUGAAGUUGCACGGGAUAUCAUGAAGAAUAAACCCUCCACUGAAGUCAUUACCGAUUCCUGA